UUUUCAGUGAUCUUGGGCCUGAUUUGCGGCAGCCAGUCGCGUGUUCCCAACCUUCGUCGGGUUGUUGGAUCCGGUCGCAGUGGAUUAGAUGUGGAUGUGGAUGAACCGAUUGGCCCUCAAAUUCUGAUCUAUUCACCUGGAGAUGCUAUGGCUAGAUCCGAUGACCAGGAGCCCACCUUUCAUGAGCCACAGAUCAGGGAGGAAGUAGCGGAACCCGAACUUGAUAAGGACAGUCGUAAAGUGCCCGACUACCUCUACUCGAACUCCAUUCCCAUGGUCAGCGAUCAGAAUGGGAAGUACGUGGUUCCCCAGGUGGCUGCCUAUCCCGUGGCCUAUGGUCCCCAAUUAAUCAACAACAAGAAUGGAAUCAUCCAAGGCCCAGGAAAUGCUCUUUCCUAUGUAGUAGUGCCACGUGUCCAAUUGGGUUUUAAUGUCCAAGGUCAGUCGGGUUUCAAUUGGCCUGGGCUCAACCUGCUGCCCACAAAUCUUGGUAGUGAAUCGGCCGCCGAGAAGGAGGAGCCUCUGCCACCCACUGCCUACAUUCCCAUUCCUGUGCCUGGUCCUCCGGGUCCACCCGGUCCACCAGGACCACCUGGACCACGUGGACUUGCUGGACCCGCUGGUCCCCGAGGACCUCGAGGUCCUGCCGGUGAAUCGGGAAGUAUUUCAGCUCAGAAGCCCCAGACCAUUUGGUACACCCAAACAGGCAGCAGUAACAAUAAGCCCCAGUACAACACACCCUUUUCCGGAGGUUAUCAAAGUUAAAUGAAUAAAUAAAUGUAUUAAAUCAAAUGACAGCCCGAAUAGUAUUUUUUAAUUAAGAGAAUCGAAAACCUGCAGACCGAGAAUAUAUUCGUGGGUAAAAAAUAUUGAGCACAAAACAAAUAACUAAGCUAAUUUGGAGUAAACAAUUUUUUUUUAGAAAAAAAACCUGAAUACAAAUUUGACCUAAAAGUCAUAACUUAAUUAUUCAUGAUUGACUUUCUUGAUAAAUAAAUACAAUUUUGUAUAGAUCUACUUCAUUUUAAAUGCUCUUAAUUCAUUAACCAUAAUAAAUAAGAUUAAUUCUUUGUCCCCUUUUUUGUUUAACAUAUUAGCCCACAGUUAUUAAAGUUAAAGUUAAGUAAGUAAUUAAUAAUUUUUACAGGAUGUGGUCUGCUAUCAUAUCUGUCGUUCGUGUGGUCUAAUCGCAUAUAUCCCAUUUUGUUUUACUUUAUUCUCCAUCAUGACAUCCUCUAAUCUCUGAUUACAGUAUAGGCGGCCAUAUAGUAUCCAUGUGGCUAGUACACUUGUACUUCGAAGAGCACGUCGCUGGUAUUAUCUGCUGUACUAUAUCUACGUAUCUAUUGUAACGAGUGUGUCAAACGUUGGCAAUGUGGUCAGGCCAUAAAAGGUCUAGCGGAAUGCUCGUGUUUGGUGUCAGUUUAUGGCACGCUAGCACACAUGCAGACGUAAGCACAAUGAUGAUUGUGUGUAAUUUACAUGGAUUUUAAUAUCACUUGGCACCACAUCUAGGGGUGGCAAAUAAAGCGUUCUUUUUUUUUUGUAUGUACGCUCGCCCGUUCGUUUAUAUUAUUUGUGUUUUUCUUUUUUGUGGCCCCAUUGACGGCACCUGAAACGAUUGCCAUCUCUGUUGCUCAUUUGGUAAAUGGUGCGAGGAACACCCACACCAGCUCAACCCAUUUGGUUGCCAUUUAGUUUUUAUUGUUCUUUAGUUGUCCUAUCCGAAAACCCACACAUUUGCUACAAUUGAUACGCAGCACGCAUUUGUUUCAAUUAAAUGAAAAUGUUUUAUACGUUUAGUGCUUGUCUCGUUCACAGCAGCUGCAGUUUACUGGGGACCCAAAAUGAUGGAUGUCUUUGCAGGAAGCUUCGUUCUCGUUCCAUUAAUAUUCCCGUCUCAUAACGUUCGCCAACUUUCUUAUCUGUAAAUUUCAAAUGAAACCCAGACAGAGCUAAUGUAAAGGCAGCAUGACAAACAAGAUUGUGGCUGAUGAAAAUGGAAAGAAAAAAAUUGCCAACACAUGUUUGGGUGAAAAUAUUGCAGUCAACAGAGUGGAAGCUGAAUAAUAUUUGAAUUAAAAUGUUUGUUUGUAACUUGGAGACUGGCUCAUGACUUGACAACACCUGACUGAUUAGUACGCUUUCUUGGGUCCACCUUCUCGUUUUCCAACGCACAUACAUCAAAAGGCGGACGACUCCAUGCUGAUUAAGUUAAAAUGUUAAUAAAUAUGAUUAUCGUGCUGUGCUCGUUGUUGUUGUUAUUGCUUGGCUUGUUGCCAUUAAAAUGAUUAUGGCGAUAAAUAAUAAAGUGUUGUCGAGGCGUUUUUGUGUGUCUCAGCAGGCGAAGAUUCAUGCCAAGAUAUGCAGUACUUUGAUGUGCCCCAAAAAUGUCUUCCAUUUUUGCGUAACAAGAGAAC